UGAAUUAUAUUGUUGAUAUAAAUAAUCAGACAAUGAAAAUGAAAUUGUGAUUGUGAUUACAAGUUUUCAAUACAACAAUAGUAUAAUUAAUUAAACAUUCACAGGAAUGUGAAUAAAACAAACCCUUUAGAGCAGUAGUCGUUGUUCAAUUUAGUGUUUGGAGAUCUAUAUAAGUUAUCUGAUACAUUUAUUUCAUCAUGUUAGGUGGUACACGGCUGAAGGUGGUUUACACACAUGAAAAAUCAUGCUUCGUUUAUAUCAGUCCAAAGUACAGCACCAAUAAUGAACAGACACAAUGCAUUCAACUUAUAGCAGGAGAAAUUCAAACACUCCUCUGGGUGGUGUACAGCAAUAACGUUCCAGAAGGUCAGUUGGCAGUGAACCCGGUGUUCAGUCAGCUGAUUGGGUUGGAGGAGGGGCUGGACGUGUUUGUGUCCCCAUAUGGAGACAUCAGAGUUCUGGAGGAACUGUUCAUUGAGACUGAAAGCCCUGAUGACCAACAAAUACUGGAAUAUAAUGUAGAGCUGUUACAGUUGAGGCUUUUGGAUCAUCUAAGGGUAGUAGUAGCAAACCAGAAGGCCAUUGUGUGGAUAUCUUCAUCACUACCUGUAAUUUUCACACCAAAGCAGACAGGUCUUCUGGUCACACACAGCAGAGUGGUCGUGAAAAUCGAUCCGUUUGACAGCUUCCAUGGCUUAACACAAAAUACCUCCGCAAAUGUGCCUGAAAGUAAUGAGAAAUUUAAAAAUAUAGGUUUAAUAAACAAAGGCCUACUUCGGCCACACUUAAACACACCAGACAGACUAGUUUUAAGAGCAAUACCAAUAGACAGUGACGGGAAACGCAAUUUAAUACAUCCAUACAUAGUUUUUAUACAUGAAGACCAAUUGGCAGAGAAAUAUAAGAAACUAACUGCUGUACUGGCAACUAUGAAGAACAUUCCUUCUUUGAUACAGGAUAGUGAAGACGAUAGUGAGAGUAAUAAUAAUCAAAUUGAUGAUCUGUGUGUGGAAAUAGUGCCUAUAGAUAGUGUGGUAUUCAGAAGUUUGUGCCAUGAAGUGUAUCACAAAAAUAUUCAUACAGUACUUAUACCAAAGUCAUUGAACACAAUUAUUCAUAUAGAAAACGGAACUAGAAUUAUCUUUACAAUAAUCGGAGAUAAUGUAAAUCAGCCGGAACAUAUAGAUUUAAUAACAUAUUCAGACCAAAUACAGACUGAAAUCGAUGUCAUAGACAAAUUUAAAAGCUGUGUAAUAGACAACACACAUUCGGGGAAAAAGUUUCUUAUAAAUCAUGGUAUAGUAAAGCAGAAUACACAAAUAAGUUGUGGAUUCUUGCAAUUGAAUUUGAAGCCGGACAACUUGAAAUAUACAAUGUUGAAUAGUGAAUCGUUCAGACAUUGCACUUUGUCGGCAAAAUGUUUGAGUGACUCGGACUUGGUGCUUCCUAAGCUGCCGGUGUCGAAACUGGAGUAUGAUUAUAAGAAUUACUGCCGAAGCAUGGUGUCAAUGGAAUGUUUGCUCCAUAAGGUUAUGUUGAAUAUAUAUUUUGAAAUACAUAGAGAGGCUAGUUUCAAAGGUGCUUCGGAAAUUAAGAGCAAUGUCUUAAUAACAGGUAAAAGUGGCACUGGAAAAUCAUCCCUCUGCCACAUAAUCCAAAAGGAACUCACCGUUUGGUCUCAUAUCCUCCACUGCAGAUCCCUAAAGGGCCGCAAAGACAUCCCGGAGGUGUUGGGCAAAGCGCUGCUGCUGUGCCAGGAGCGGAGCCCGGCCGUGCUCCUCUGUGACGACGUGGACGCGCUCGUGCCGGCCUCUGUCGACGGCGCCUCGCCGCAGGACGUGGCUUAUUAUCAGAGACUAGCAGUGGUGAUCAAGCAUUUGCUGCAGACCUGCGCGGGCGUGUGCGUGGUGAUGACGGCCAUCAAUUUGAACUCCCUACACCCCACCCUCAGUCGGUUUAGCGGGAAACCCCUGUUCACGGCACACUUUGAUAUCGCGGAAAUUCCACAGGAGCAAAGAACAGAAUUGUUUAGACACCUGAUAAAUGACAAGAUCCGCGAAGAGUUCGAGGUGUUGGACGAUGACGUCAUCAGAUUGUCUAUGGACACGGCCGGCUGCACCGUCAGAGACAUCGUAGACUACUUCAACAAGAAGAUCUUCAAAGCUGUCAAAAAGAAAAAAGCGAAUCCUGAUGUUAUUAAGCCGAGACUUGUAGAAGAAACUUCCAAAGAUGAAGAAAAAACCAACGCUUUUGAUAUCUGGGGCCCCGUCGGCGGGUUACAUGAGGUCAAGCGGGAACUCACCGAGUGCUUAUUCUGGCCUCUUUUGUACCCCGCGCUAUUCCCGUCUCAGUCUUGCGGGAUUCUGCUCUAUGGCCCACCUGGUACGGGCAAGUCUCACAUCGGUUCGUGCUUGGCCAAACUCACCAAUAUGAACAUGAUAACAGUGAAAGGGCCGGAGUUAUUGUCCAAGUAUAUUGGGCAGAGCGAGAAGGCUGUUAGAGAUGUUUUUGACCAGGCGGACAGUAAGAAGCCGUGUAUAUUAUUCUUCGAUGAGUUUGACAGCCUUGCGCCCAAACGAGGCCACGACUCGACGGGCGUGACCGAUCGCGUGGUGAACCAGCUGCUGGCGCGACUGGACGGCGCGGAGGGCGGCGCGACUGGCGCCGUGCUGGCCGCCACCGCGCGCCCCGACCUGCUGGACCCCGCGCUGCUGCGCGCCGGCCGGCUGCACAUACACGUCUACACACAAGUGCCGGAUCUGAAUAGUCGCCACGAAGUCCUGAUGACGCUAUGCAAGAGCGUAGCAGUGUCCGAUGAGGUGGACCUUCGGGAGCUAUCGGCCCGGACCGAAGGCUUCACUCCGGCCGAUCUCAAGUCCUUGCUGGUCACCGCUCAACUCGGCAGGCUGGAGAAACAAUUGGUGGACAAUGAAGACAAAAAUUUAGAGUCGAUAGUCGUGUACAAGGAGGAUAUAGAGAGUGCGCUGCAAGAAACGAAGCCAUCCCUUUCUAAGGAGCAGAUGCUGUUCUAUGACACGAUAUACAAAAGAUUCAGAGGUGAGAAUUUAACAUCGGAGCAGAGGAUGAUGUCGGCCAAAAUGCAAAAACAAAGAGUCACAUUAGCUUAGAUGAAGCAUUUGUCAAAUUGUGAAGAAUUCGACGUACAUUGCCGGUUUUCCAUCGCUUUUAUAUAAAUCACACAUUAAAAGUAAGCAAUGUAUGUUGAUUCGCGGUUACAUCCGUCUCAGUUCGUCGAUAGUGAGCAGAAACCAAAAAACCGGUUAAGUGUGAGUUGAACUCGCGUGAAGCGGGUUACGUACAGUUUAUAGCAUUCUUAUAGGUUUUCCGGCAAUAAGCAAUGAUGAUAGUUCAUUGCUUAUUGCCGGAAAACCUAUAAGAUAAUAAUAAUAUUUUGUAUUUUUUCAAAAUUUGAAGCUUAGUAGUUACGGAGAUCGAGGGGCGUCCCUAGCAACGUCAAGGGUGUCACGCGCGUGUACUCCAUGAGUUUUUUAUGACAGUAUUAUUGUAAAAAAUAUUUUUUUAAUAAAUACAACAGCGUGCAAAUUUAAACCACCACUACCAACGAUUUAAAGCGCCAUCUAUCAUUUUUUUUUCGAAUUAAUUAAUAUAUUUCUCAAUUCAUCCCCGAAAACCAACUUAUAUGAAACAAAUGUUUAUUUACUCUGCAAGUCUGUUUUGGUCAUAGUAACACUGUCUUGCCAUUUGGUCCAGUAGAUUCCGAGAAAAUUGGCUGUGACAGACGGACGGACCGACAGUCACACGAGUGACCCUAUAAUGGUUCGAUUAUUUCUUUGUUUUUUUUUAAUGAAACUCCAAGCACGUCGGCAAAUUAGCAUUUUAAUGUUUAGCAUUUUACACAGAUGGCGCUAGUGAGUCGUCUUUGUAUAUUUACAAGUUUUUAUAUUAUAAUGAACUGAUUACAAUAUACACACAUUGUAUACAGAUUUAUCGAUGACAUAGUUAAUUUAACGCCUAGCUUUUACUGAAUAAAAUUGGUGCCAGCCAAAUCUCUGUCAGUGUCUGAUAUUGAUUGGUAUCGAUGAAAUUUGGUACACGGAUAGAAUAUAACUUGGAAUAACACAUAGGGUACUUUUUAUCCUGAAAUUCCCACGGGAGCGAAGCCCCGAAGCGCAGCUAGUGUUUGAAUAAUUUCGUGAAUUAAUUAAUAUUUACAUAGUAAAUCAAUAUUUCAUUUUAGUAGUUGUAGGAUUUUAGAGGUAGGAUUUGUUGAAACAUUAGCUUAAAUAUACUGGUAAUUUUAAUAAUUAUAAUU